CCUGACUGCAAAUUCACGUUAGGGACAUUCUUACAUGUAGCCAAAACAUUUAAUCAUUUUUAAUAUGGGUUUAUUUUUCAUGUCAAUUACACCUUUUAUUCGCUUAUCCGUGAUUUUGCUGUACAACAUUGAACAACUACCACCUGCUUCCAGUACAGUAGAGAUUGUAAGCUGCAAUGGCAAAGCGAGAUUAGGAUCUGUGAUCUACUUUAAUUACCAGAAAAUGGACAUGGAGUGCAACUGUUUGAUUAAACCUCAAUUUUCGGGGACAUUACAGUUUGCAUCCGAUGCUAUUAAAUUCAAAUGCCAUAUGAAAGUCGAUAUUUUCGACCACAAAAGGCCCAAUCAUUUGGUAAAUCUCCCUUGUGGAAAUGGUAGAACAUCAGUAACUUUUAAUGUUACUUACGACGAUACCUUUCAGCUGAUAUCCCAACCUGUCAACUUGACAACUGGAACGUUUCAUCAACCUAUCUACGUUUUUGAGGAGGCCACAUUUAACGGAACUAUUUCUGUGUCUUGUGGAAUUCAGAAAUCGUCCACUAGCAUAACAGUCUUGAAGGAUGAACUUAUCAAUACUUCAACUGCUACCAAUUCAGCAGAUAAAAGAUGUAUUAAUUCAAGUAAAUAUUUUACCUCCAGCCUAUUUGUGGUUAUUACAUUAGCAGUUCUGGCUGUGGUAUCUCUUUUAUCAAUAGUACUGAAUAUAGGUCUCUUCUACAGUUUACGAAAAAGAAAAUGCAACCUCAAGAGUACUACACAAAUGUAUGCAAACCUGGAUACCAGCAGUCAGUCACAAGAAGAUCACAGAUACGAUUCAUUGCAAAAUCCAAAUUACCUAACUUUAUUUUGACGCAGCUUAAAAUUUCUUACCCGUUUUCCCUAUUUCCCUUUUUUUGUUUUGAUAAACAAAGCAUGAAAAAGAAAUUUUGGAUUCAUUAAGUACGUGUUUGGCCCUUUCUUUAGUGUAUUUUUUGUCCAGAAUCUUAAAAGAAAAGAAAAAAACCUUCUGUCGCCUCAUUGGCGUCGGAAGCAAAUUGAAAGUUGGGGGGCUAGAUGUAAAAAAAAAUUUUUAUACCUUCUCAAAAAACCUGACAAGCAAUAAAAAAAAGAAAAGUAGUGUCAAUGUCCCAAACUCAAAAAUCCUAUUUCGUGGGGGGGGGGGGGGGGGUGUAUUCGAACUUGAGUACCAAAUUUUUUUUCCAUAGACCACCUUUUUCCAAUUAUUUACCUAUAUUGCGAUGUGUCUGUGGAAAGUGGGAGGCUGAAGUUUUCGAAGCAAUGUUCAAUGUCUAUACUAUGUAUAUGCUUGGAAAAAAAGUGGGGGGCUAAGUCUAUACUAAGUAUAUAUUUGGGAAAAAAGUGGGGGGGCUUAGCCCCACUAUUCCCCCCCCCCCGGUUCCGACGCCUAUGCGCCUGUUGUAAAAAAGUAACACCCAUCAAGCCACGAAUCCUGUUUUCACUUAGAUACAAAACUGACUUAGUGUUUCAGCGGUCUAUUUACAGGCUAGCAAAUACAAAAUAUUCCUACUAACGAAUUAUGAUUAGUUAUGUAAGUCCUCCAUCAUCAGCAAUCCACCUAUAUACGAGGGGUUAUCAAAAAGUUCGUAGACUGAGGCUAUAAAAUUGGAACUAUGUAGUCUGUCCCUUUAAAUUCUAAAGUAAAAUAAAA